AUGUGCGAAUGCGUAUCCCGUAUAACUACUCCUCCUUGGGUGGUGAUCCUCCUUGCUGUACACGCCACCAUAUCACGCAUAUUAUGUUUAACACCGGCAGCCAGAGCACAGCAAGAAAUCGAUGAUGAGUCGGAGUUCAGCUACGACUGCGGGGCAGAGAACGGGCCGGAGAACUGGGGCAAGAUCAAGGAGGAGUGGGCGAUGUGUGGCACCGGGCGGAUGCAGUCGCCCAUCGACCUCUCCGACCGCCAUGCCGCACAGGCGCCGAACCUCGGAUACCUCAACCACUCCUACCUCCCCGCCGAGGCCUCCAUCGUCAACCGUGGCCAUGACAUCGCGGUGACGUUCCAGGGCGGUGCCGGGAGCUUGUGGAUCAACGGCACUGCUUACCACCUCAGGCAGGUGCACUUGCACUCCCCCAGCGAGCACCACCUAAACGGCCGCCAGUACAGCUUGGAGAUCCACAUGGUUCACCUCAGCGCCGAGAACAAGGCUGCCGUGAUCGGCCGCCUCUAUAAGAUUGGUAGGCGCGACCAUUUCCGGCACAAGCUAGAGCCUUACCUGCGGAGGAUGGCAGACAUGAAGGAGAAGGAUGAGAAGGUCGGCGUGGUGGAUCCCUGGGAGGCGAGGGGCGACGGCCAAGCCUACUACCGGUACAUGGGCUCCCUCACCACGCCGGCGUGCGACGAGGGGGUCAUCUGGACCGUUAUCAAGAGGCUACCUACCUUGCUACGUUGUUAAUGACUUUUAUCGAUCACAUUUAGGCCUUGUUUGUUUGGCCUUUUGCGUCUACUUUUGCAGCUUUUCCACAUUAGCCGAAAAGCCAUGAAAGCUCCCAAAUAACUGUUUUUUGAAGCUUUUAUGGCUUUUGGUUAAUCAAUAAAAUAUUGUUUAGCUUCAAAAAGCCGUAAAAGCUCUAAAAGCACCUAUUUAGGAACUUUUAUGGCUUUUUGGCUAAACUGGAACAACUACAAAAGCAGAAGCAAAAUCUCAAACAAACAGGGCCUUAGACCGUUAAUGCUAAAAUUAUGGGCAUACGGUCACUAACGCCCCUGAUAUUCUCUAACAAUAGUGAUCCAAAUUUUAAAACUAACUAUGUGCUUUUACAGGUUGCCACCGUGUCAACUCACCAACUGAAGCUUCUCACGGACGCUGUCCACGAUGUAUUGCUCCGAUCUUUUUCAAGAAAGCAAAGUGCAUAAAUUUGUUUGUUUGUACUAUGUGUAGGGCUUUGAGAUGAACGCGAGACCGCUUCAGAAGGUGAAUGGCAGAGAUCUCAGCUUUUUCUGCCCUGAUGAUGACCAUGAACGCUAUUACGCUGCUGCUGAUCAUUAAUUAGCUGUAUACUUGAGCCAACCUGAUGGAUUGACAGCAUGUGUGCUAAUGUGUUGGCACCGGCGAACAAGAGCAAUGACAUGGAACAUUGCAAACGAUCGUGACUCUGCCACAAGCAGGGAUAUUUGUUGGCCUUGGC